UAUUCUCAGCUAUUCCUUGGUUCCUAUACCUGCUAGGAGUAGACAGAAUGCGCGUUUCCUUCCUUAGCGUUGAUUUAUAACCUGAAUGUUUCCAAAGUGCAAAGUGGGAGAGGAUAAAGGACAGCAGCACACUUUUGAAGACAAAUGGCCUUCAAUGAGAGCCAUUGUACUCAAACUUCUACAGCAAGAACCAGUGACACAAAAUGAAUGGCAAGAUUUGUUUUACAAUGUUCAUCAAGUUUGUCUGUGGGAUGAAAAAGGAGCUGUCAAAGUUCGUGAUGCCCUCACAGAUGAUAUUAUGGAGUUUAUUAAGAAGGCUCAAGUGAGGGUCAUGUCUCAUCAAGAAGACCAAGCACUUCUUAAGGCUUACAUUGCAGAAUGGAGGAAAUUUUUUACACAGUGCAACUAUUUACCCACCCCAUUUCGACAGCUUGAGGCAUCACUAGUUGGUUACAAAACUGCUUCAAGUUUCAAGGCAACUUCAGAGACUAGCAUUGUGCGCAAGCUUAUGUUAGACAGCUGGAAUGAAAGUAUUUUCUCAGAUAUUAAACAACGUCUUCAAGACUCUGCCAUGAAACUAGUACAUGCAGAACGAGCUGGUGAAGCUUUUGAUUCGCAACUCGUCAUUGGAGUCAGAGAAUCUUAUGUAAACCUGUGCUCCAAUCCUAAAGAUAAAUUACAAAUAUAUAGAGAUAAUUUUGAGAAGGCAUACAUGGAGGCCACAGAAGCAUUUUACAAAAUGAAAGCUCCUCAAUAUUUGCAUGCCAAUGGUGUUCAAAACUACAUGAGAUAUGCUGAUGCAAAGUUGAGAGAGGAAGAACUUAGGGCACACAAGUAUCUUGAAUCUUGCAGCGGUUCAGUGCAGUUGCUCACCGAGUGCUGUGUUAAUGUUUUAGUUACUGCUUUCAAGAAUACUAUUCUUGCUGAAUGUGCAGGCAUGAUAAAAGCCAAUGAAACAGACAAGUUGCAGUUAAUGUUCAAGCUAAUGGACCGCGUACCCGAUGGCAUUUCUCCCAUGCUUGAUGACUUAGUUGAUCACAUAUUGCAAGCAGGCCUUGAUGACAUGUUAGCCUCUGCUGAUAUCAUUACACAGGACUCAGAGAAAUAUGUAGAAAGAUUGCUUCAGCUUUUCAACCAGUUCAGCCUUCUAGUAAAGGAUGCAUUUAGUGAUGAUCCUAGGUUUUUGACAGCCAGAGACAAAGCCUACAAGCAAGUUGUCAAUGACACUCAAGUUUUUCGACUUGAACUUCCUAGCAAACAGAAUGCUGGUGUAAAGUGCACACCAGAAUCAAAGUGCCCAGAAUUAUUGGCCAACUACUGUGAUAUGCUCCUAAGAAAAACACCAUUAAGUAAGAAGCUUACAUCAGAUGAAAUAGAGAGCAAACUUAGAGAUGUGCUCCUUGUAUUAAAAUACGUACAAAAUAAGGAUGUUUUCAUGCGUUAUCACAAAGCACAUCUGACAAGGAGAUUGAUUUUAGACACAUCUGCAGAUUCUGAAAAAGAAGAAAACAUGGUGGAAUGGUUGCGGGAAGUUGGUAUGCCAGCUGAUUACGUCAACAAACUUGCAAGAAUGUUCCAAGAUGUUAAAGUUAGUGAAGAUCUGAAUCAACAAUUCAAAGAACAAUGUAGAUCAACAAGAGGAAGCAUAGCUGAUUCCAUUAAUAUAAAAAUCUUAAAUGCGGGUGCGUGGGCCCGAGGCAGCGAGCGAGUCACGGUUUCACUUCCUAUGGAACUAGAAGACUAUAUUCCAGAAGUAGAGGACUUUUACAAGAAGAAACAUAGUGGCAGGAAGCUCCAGUGGUACCAUCAUAUGUCUAAUGGCACUAUAACCUUUGCAAAUUCCAUAGGACGUUAUGAUGUUGAUGUCACCACAUUCCAAAUGGCUGUAUUAUUUGCUUGGAAUCAGAGACCUCAAGAUCGUAUUUCAUAUGAGAAUCUUAGACUUGCAACAGAGCUCCCAGAUCCAGAGCUAAGACGGACUCUAUGGUCUCUUGUUGCUUUCCCCAAGAUUAGGCGACAAGUUCUUUUGUAUAGACCUGAAGCUCAAUCCCCCAAAGAUUUUCUUGAAGACACACAAUUUUGGGUUAAUCAAGAGUUUGCUCUAGUCAAAAAUGGGAAGAUGCAAAAACGAGGGAAGAUUAACCUUGUCGGAAGACUUCAACUUUCAACAGAAAGAAGCAAAGAGGAAGACAAUGAAAGCAUCGUUCAACUUAGAAUAUUGCGAGUGCAGGAAGCCAUUAUUAAAAUUUUGAAAAUGAGGAAAAAAAUGAGUAAUGCUCAACUUCAAACUGAACUUGUUGAUAUUUUAAAGAAUAUGUUCCUUCCUAGUAAAAAGAUGAUCAAAGAACAAAUCGAAUGGCUAAUUGAACAUAAAUAUAUGCGUCGGGAUGAAGAUGAUAUUAAUACUUUUAUUUAUAUGGCUUAA